AGAGAAACUGUCUUCCACUACUUUCUGACGAGAGCAUUACUUACAAAGACAUAAACCAGAACACGCAAUAUUGUUAAUAUUUAUAGUAAACUUCCUGGAUACUAAACUGUGUAAAACCUGUAACCAUGGCGGUGUACGCUGCGCACUUGACGAGAACGUUGCAAGGAGCCCCGUCUGUGUUCCAAGUGGUGGCGCAGGAAGCGCUCGGGGCUACCGUGAAGCCGGCUUUUGGGAAACUUGUAGAGUAUUUGGCAACAGUGUACCCCAACCGGCUGGGCUGGUGCGAGCGCUGGUACGAUGAGCUCUUCCUGCUGUUCGAGGGCUUCCUACAAUACCACUACCUCAAGCAUUAUGCUGCAUCAUUUUCCGAGAGCUUCUACGGCCUAGUGAGAGCCCCACUAUCUCCUAGCGGAGAGUUCCACUCUGGGUCUCGCUUACCCCGCGGCGCUGAAACUGGCUCACUGGCACUGUUGGUGCUGCUGCCUUACUUGCGAGACAAGCUUGAAAGCGCCGUGACACGCUGGAGGGACGAGCAUGAAGAUGGUAUACUAGGGAAGGGUCACACAGCAACAGCAAAGCGCGCAGCCAUCCACGUAUACUCCACCAUCCACCUGGUCACCUCGCUCGCUAAGCUGGUCCAACUGGCAGCAUAUCUUAGAGGCGCGUCCAGCCCUACUCCAUCCCUGGCAGCCCUAGGGUUGACGUUAAGAGACGCGCCCCCACAAGCACAGGACGAUACGUGGGGGGAUUUGGUCAGAAGUCUGGUGUCGGGACAGUUUGGUAGUGCGGCGGUGACGUUCCCCAUGCUGGGCGGGCUGGCGCUGCGCUGCGUGGAGUACGGCGCCUUCGCGGUGCAGGUCCUGCGCUGGUGGCAGGCCGCGGCCCCGGCCCGCGACACUCCCGCCUGCCCGCAGCCCCCGCAGCGGGACCCUGCCCUGGAGCGCUGGCGGAACAAGUGCCCCAUCUGCCUGCAGCCCUGGAAGACCCCCACGGCACUCCCCGUCUCCGGGUUGAUAUUCUGCUACAGUUGUAUAUCGCGGCACCUGCGCGCGCGCCGCGCCUGUCCCGCCACGCGGCUGCCCGCUAGAGAAACGGAUCUAGUCAGGAUGUACAUCGACUGAUCUAGUAUAG